AUGUAUCAUAUUCGGUCGAUUGUUGGUCGUCAAUCUUCACAGUUUAGAUCCUUACGCUCCAAUUCUGGAUCUCUUCUCCGAGUAUCCUCAUUUUCGACAACUUCUUCUUCGAUCGAUAAUGAUUUCGAUGUAGUAGUGAUCGGUGGUGGCCAUGCAGGCACCGAGGCAUGUACAGCUGCUGCUAGAGUAGGAGCACGCACAUUGCUGAUCACUCAAAACAAAGACACAAUUGGUGAAAUGUCUUGUAACCCUUCUUUUGGAGGUGUCGGUAAAGGUGUUUUAGUACGAGAGGUUGAUGCUUUAGAUGGUGUAUGUGGUCGGAUAGCCGAUUUGGCCGGUAUCCAAUUCAAGGUAUUGAAUAAAUCUAAGGGUCCUGCAGUAUAUGGACCAAGAGCACAAAUAGACCGCAAGCUCUACAAGAAGCAUCUACAAGAGUAUCUUGAGGACUAUCCCAACUUGACGAUCCAAACGGGGAGUGUGGCAGAUCUUGUGUUUGAGACAGAUAUUGAUUCUGAAAGACAUCAAGUAUUGGAACAAAAGGGUGCAGCAUCUGCAGUAAAGGGUGUUCGUCUAGAUAAUGGCCACAUAAUAAAAACAUCCAAUGUCGUUAUUACAACAGGAACCUUCUUGGGUGGAGAAAUCCAUUUGGGCUUAAAAGCAUGGCCAGCGGGUCGUAUUGAUGAAAACCCAUCUAUUGGGUUAUCUAACUCACUACGCUCAGCAGGCUUCCAACUUGCUAGGCUCAAAACAGGAACUCCCGCACGUUUGGAUGGAAGGACAAUCAAUUAUGAAGGAUUGGCGGUCCAAGAAGGCGACAACCCACCGUCCCCAUUUUCGUUCCUCCACACUUUAGUACCGCACGCAGAUCAACAAGUGCUUUGCCAUCAGACAAGAACCAACCCUUCUGUUCACAAGUACAUUGCAGAAAACUUUGACCAGAGUAUCCAUAUUAGAGAAACUGUAAAAGGACCAAGAUAUUGUCCUUCUCUGGAAAGUAAGAUCAAGCGAUUUGGUGAUAAAACUGGGCAUGCUAUCUGGUUGGAGCCCGAAGGAUUUGAUUCGCAUCUUGUAUACCCUAAUGGUAUAUCAAACACCAUGCCGGAGGAUGUUCAGCUUAAUUUUUUGCGUAUGAUUCGUGGAUUGGAGAAUGUAGAUAUGGUUAGACCAGCCUAUGGUGUUGAAUAUGACCAUGUUGAUCCCCGUGAACUGCGCUCUACACUAGAGACAAAACGAAUUAGCGGACUUUUUAUGGCAGGCCAGAUCAAUGGAACAACAGGAUACGAAGAAGCGGCAGCACAAGGUGUGAUGGCAGGGAUUAAUGCCGGCUUACAUGCUCUUGGUCGCGCUCCAUUUAUUUUGGAUCGUUCUGACGCAUAUAUUGGUGUUCUUAUCGAUGAUUUGACUACAAAGGGUGUGGAAGAACCCUACCGAGUAUUUACUUCCCGCUCAGAGUAUCGCUUGCACUUACGUGCAGAUAAUGCGGAUUUGAGAUUGACAAGCAAAGGAUAUGAUGCUGGUGCUGUUGGGGAGGAGAGGUGGACAGAUUUCUAUUCAAAAUCAACUAUGCUGAGUUCUGCUACUCAAGCUCUUGAAGAGCUACUUAUGCCAGCUAACAAAUGGAAACAGAAUGGUAUCAGUCAUGGAAAUGAGGGAUCGAAUGACAGCGGUGUACUCCGAAGAUAUUCAUUUAGUGGUGUUGAUAUCCUGUGUUGGCCCAACGUUGAGAUUGAACAAUUUUACGAUUUAUUACCUUCCCUCAAGGAGCUAGAUAGUGGAUUAAAAGAACGUCUUUUGAUUGCAUGUCGCUACAAACCGUUCUUAAAGCGCCAGGCUACAGAGAUAGCCGCAUUAAAAAGAGAUGAAGAUCUUAAACUUGAUAUAAACUUAGAAUAUUCACGAAUGGAUCAACUCUCGCAUGAAGUUCGACAAAAAUUGGCUAUUGUACGGCCAGAAACGCUGGGAGCUGCCAAACGAGUAGAAGGUAUAACACCAGCAGCAAUGGUGGUACUGAUGAAGUACGCGCGUCGGUCCAAUAAAUCAUCUACAAAGGGAAGUUUAGCUUUGAAAAAGAAAAGCUUGUCAAUCACUUCAUCCCCGUGUUUGUGAUACGCCAUAAAUUCCUAUUUAAUCUCAGGAGACAAACAGAUGCUACAUAACCAUUACGGAAAACAUGUCUUGAAAAGGACAAUUAACAUAGACUAAUCAACAUAAAGGAUAUCACACAACAUUUCAAUAUUAAAAUCACUAGAUAUAAAUUA